UCCAAUGCACCACACACAAUCAGGAGAGAUUACACCUUUGGAUCUCCACUAAUUAGUUACUGUGUGUUCUUUUGCUAAUUGCAUUAAUUGUGUAGUUUUCUUUAGUGGUGAGAGAGAGAUAUAGGUGAAGGCCGGGAAGAAGCUAGAUGAUGAUGAAGAGCAAGGCGUCUAUGUUCUUGAAGCAGAUGGUGUCGACGAUCAUGGCGGUGGUGAAGGCGAAGUCGACGGCGGUGAGGGCCAAGACGAGCGCCAUGAAGACGCGGCUGCUCGUCCUCGGCGUCCUCCGCAACAGGAAGCUCCUCGUCAGCGCCAUCAACCACAAGAUCCACGCCAUCAUGGGCGGCCAGGACAGCAGCAGCAGCAGCAACUUUACGAGCAGCGGAGGCGCCGCCGGAGAGGAGGAGGACGGCGGCGGCAAGAAGGCCAUCGUGCUGUACAACAGCGCGCCGAGCUUCCUCACGGAGCGGGGCUACGACGCCGCCGCCGCCGCCGGGGAGGAGGAGGACAGCGACGACUACCUGACCCACUCGCUGUUCCAGGAGGAGGAGGAGGAGGACGACGACGACGAGCUGGUGAACGCGCCGGGUUCGGUGAUCGACCUGGUGCGCGACGCCAAGGAAGGAGAGGGCGGCGAGUUCCGGCUGGAGGACGAGAUCGACCACGUCGCCGACGUCUUCAUCCGCCGCAUCCACAAGCAGCUCAAGCUGCAGAAGCUCGACUCCUUCAAGAGGUUCUGCGAGAUGCUCGAGAGGAGCGCAUAGAGAGCUAACCCAUCGCCUCGCCGGCGGCGGCCGGUGACCGGCGACGACGUGCUCUCGAUAUAUCACUCACUUGUGCAUGCAUGGUGAUCGAGUACUCUCCUUUUUUUUUACCCGUGAAGCCAAGGUUAAUUAAUCACACAAAUUAACUUAAUCCGGUGACUCGAUCCAUCCAUGCAUGCAUGUAAGUAGAGAGAAUAAAGUGACAAGAUCUACUGCAUAUAUACUUCUCCUGUAGAAAGUGGUUUACUGCUGCUCUGCUUUAUUUAGGGAGGAUGACAAGGAUCAGCUGCAGGUUCAUGUACUUUGUUUACUCGUCAUGUUCUUUUGUUCUUUUUGGGAGGGAGGAAGAGAUUGUUAAGCUUCCAAGGAAGUUAAUGAGUAAUAAAGAAGAUAAAAAAUAUGUAGAGAUUGGAGAAACUUUCUUUCUGUGAUUCUGA